AUGCUUCUUCUCUCGGCCUUUGUGCCGCUCCUACUCUCCUUAUCGGCGCUCGCAUCCGGCCCCGUCCCCAAGAACUACGACACACACGCCUACUACACCCUCCAGCUUCCCGAUGCCGCCACGCCCGAGGAGGCCGCGUCGUCUGCUGCGGUGCUCGGUGCCGAGAUCGUCGAGCCACUAGGCGAGCUGGCAGGCUACUGGGUUGUGCGGCGGGCGCAUGGGGUGAGCGCACGUUCAGCAGUCGGCGAAAGCGAUCCCGUCCUCGCGCGCUGGGGGCAAUUGUCAUCAGAUCGUCGUCGCUCCUCUACAGGUAUCCGCGACGUGGCCCGCCUCGAGCAGCGGCAGCGGGUCAAGCGCGUGCCCCCAAAAUACCAGUCGCGGUCGCAGCACAGCUUUAAGCGCUGGAAUGAGCGGCAGGACGACGCGCAGGGUAUCACGCUCGACAACACCGAACUCUUGUUCUUACAGAACGAACUGGGACUCAAGGAUCCCGAGCUCCACAUGCAGUGGCACUUUGCGAACAAGCGCGACUCGCGCUGGGAACUCAACGUCACUAAACUCUGGGCGGCGGGCGUGACCGGCGAGGGCGUCAAGGUCGCUGUCGUCGACGACGGAAUCGAUUAUGAACACCCGGACCUGAAGGAGAACUACAAUGCCGAGGGGUCGUGGAACUUUAACAACCAGGACGACGACCCACGCCCCCGCCUGGCCGACGACCAGCACGGUACGCGGUGUAGUGGCGAGAUCGCAGCGGGUGCGAACGACGCAUGUGGUGUCGGCGUCGCGUACAAGGCCAAGAUUGCCGGCCUGCGCAUUCUGAGUGACCCAAUCACGGACGCAGACGAAGCCGCCGCCCUCAACUACAAGUACCAGGAAAACGAAAUCUUCUCUUGCUCGUGGGGACCACCUGACGAUGGCAAGAGCAUGGAGGCGCCGAACAAUGUGAUUCUCAAGGCUAUCGUGAACGGCGUCAACAAGGGCCGCGGAGGCAAGGGCUCGAUCUUUGUGUUCGCGGCUGGCAACGGCGCCCAUAAAGGCGACCAGUGCAACUUUGACGGUUACACUAACAGCAUCUUCAGCGUCACUGUCGGUGCGUACGACCACCUCGGCAACCACCCGUAUUACUCAGAGAUGUGCUCGGCGAUGAUGAUCGUCGCACCCUCUUCUGGAAGCAGCGAGUUCAUCCACACCACCGAUGUGCACGGCAAGUGUGCGCACAGCCAUGGUGGCACAAGUGCCGCCGCGCCGCUGGCGGCUGGCGUGUUCGCGCUCGCCCUCCAGGUGCGACCUGACCUCACGUGGCGCGACGUGCAACAUCUCGCAAUCGAGAACGCCGUCAUGCUCAACGCGGACGACGAGGACUGGGAGGUCACCGCGGCAGGGCGCAACUACUCGUACAAGUAUGGGUACGGCAAGCUGGACGCGGGACUGUUCGUCGAAGCCGCGCGGACCUGGGAGCUCGUCAAACCGCAGGCGUGGCUCGACUCACCCGUCAUCAACGUGCCGUAUACUGAGGCGCCCUUGCGCCCGACACUCCCGUCAGCCGACCCCCCGAACGGCGACUCGAACGUGAUCCGCGGCGAAGUGAGCGAGACGGAGCCGGAGGGAAUCCCCGAACCUGGGGUUGACAUCCCCGAGCCGCACCACGGCAGCUUCCUCACACACGAGGGCGUCUACUCCUCAUUCGAGGUGACCCGCGAAAUGCUCGAUAACGAGAACUUUGAAAAGCUCGAGCACGUUACGGUGCGCGUGUGGAUCGAGCACCAGCGACGCGGACACGUCGAGGUCGGGAUUACCUCACCUGGAGGACACACGUCGACGCUAGCAUUGACGCGCAACCGCGACGAGGACGAGGGGGGCUUUGCGGGGUGGAAGUUUAUGAGCCUCAAGCACUGGGGCGAGGACCCCGUGGGUAACUGGACGAUCAACGUGCGCGACCAAGGCUCAACCGAUUUCACCGGGCGAUUCAAUCAGUGGAGCCUGCAGCUGUGGGGUUCAUCCAUCGACGCGGCCAAGGCGACGAAGUGGAUGCCGGCCGAGUUUGGUGAGAUGGACGAGGAGAUGACUGGCUCGGCCGAUUACGCGCCUGGCAACAGCAUCCCGCAGAAGCCCAAGCCGACUGCCCUCCUCCCCGGCGACCACGGCGAGGCAGGUCCUACUGCUAAACCCAACCCCGCUCCCACUAGCGGGGGGGACGUGGAUCCAGAGUCUGCUGGCGCAGCUUCCGUGGGCGUCUUCGACGGCAUCGACGCGCUGCGCAAGCACUCGGCAUGGCUCGGCGGCGCGUUCCUCAUCGUUCUCCUUGCAGCUCUCGCCGGUGGCGGUUACUUCCUGUACCGUAGUCGCAAGCGUGCGGCUGCCCUGGGCCUUGCCGACGGCAGCCGUGGUGCAUACGCUCCCGUCACGGACGACGUGCCGCUCAACCUCGUUGGUCGCCGGAAGCGUCGCGCAGAGGAGAGCAAAGAACUGUACGAUGCGUUCGGGGACGGGCCGAGCGACGAUGAAGCGGACGAGACAACUGCGCUCCGAUACCACGAACGUUUCCUGGAGGACGACGACGAACACGAACCGGAGGCGAGCGGCUCGGGGUCGGGGCAUCACGAGCAUGCGGGCGAUCCGGAGAAGGCGGCGUUCUUUGACGCCGACGAGGCUGACAAGGAGGAGGCCAUCGAGGGCAAGUCACCUGCGCGUAGCAGCACUGGGUCACCCAGGGCUACUUCGCCACUUGUAGAGCCCAGCAACAUUAGCAGCUCGAGCUGGCAGGACGCGGUGGAUGACCGCCCAUAG